AGGUUGCUUUUGGAUGAUCCUAACUGCAAGAAAGGGUUCAAGUUUGAUCAUGUGGGGCACAUUGUGAGGAACUUUGAGAAGUUUAAAGAUAAUGUUAUGAUAUCUAGACAAAUUACUCGAAAGCAUGCAUUUUACUAUGUAACAUUAGAAUCUGAAAAUCCCACGCCAGAAUCGCAAGCACCAGAAUCUCCUGGACUUUCUCAAUUUUCUCUUAACUUAGAUGAUGGUGUUGGUGGCUCACCUUCUGAAUGCCCAAUCAGACAGAAGAAAGCCAAAUUGAAGAAAAAAAUGAAUGAUGAAGUAGCAUCUUCUCUUAGUCGUCUAAAAGAUGACAACUCAAAGAUUAUGGAGAUAUUAAAGAAGACUAAUGCAGAUCGACAAAUGUUCAUAUAA